AUGUUUCAACAGCAGCAACCUUUUCCCCCCGUCUCUUCUGCCGAGGUGGCGAGGGGCGGCGCCCUGCAGGGGUCGGAUCCAUGGAUUUUCCCGAGUGAAGGCGGCUCCGGCACUUUCAUGACAUACUACGCCGCGUCACUCCCCCAUUCCGAUUCGCCCAUUGUUAAUUUUGGCAGCCGCCCUGCCGGAAACGCAACUCCCCCGUUGCGUCCGUGCAGCGGGAUCAUGCCGAACCCCGUGAACACCAUUGCCAGUGGUGAACCUCCAUUCGAGGGCCCGAAGUCGGCAUAUGGGAGAAAUAUUUACGUGGCCAGCCUCCCGGGAGACAUCACCGAUGAAGGGCUAAGGGCACUCUUUGAACCAUUUGGCAAAAUCAUCUCUGCCAAGACGAUGUCCCGCAAAAACGGCGUCUGUUGCAGCGGAUACGGAUUUGUUCUGUUUCAACGUUCAGAGGACGCCGCCCGGGCUCAGGCGGCGAUGAUUGGACACAUUGUUGGUGGUAACCGGAUUCAGGUGCGUCAGGCCAGGCCGUCGGCGUGUCAGCAGCUUGUGAACGUUGCAAAUUCGAGUCGAGGCAGCAAGGUGUCUCCAAAGAGCAGGCAAAUGUUGUCCGCUUCUGGGCCUGCUGCGGCGGUUUCUCCUGCCUGCGCCGCACCCCCAGGGAACUGCAGCUCCCACUACAUUGCUGUCUCGCCAACAUUCUCCGUGGAUGGGGCAUCGUCCUCUCACGUGUCACCCUUGACGCCGCUGCCGCAGGUCCCCUUCAUCUUGCCACAGCCACAACCACAACCACAGCCUUUGGUCUGCUUUAUGCUGCCAGUGUCCGUCCCAGGCAAUUUUUGGUGGGAUAACGCACAGCGGCUCGGCUAG